CAGGAAAUGCAGAGGACCAUGGCCAAGAAAAGCAUUGGUACUAGGAGUGGCAUAGCUAGCGGGAUGGUGGCUGUCUGGGCAGUGGUGGCUGGCUAAAGGAAGACGGUAUAGUAGGCCUUCCAUCUCAGUGAGUCCUAGUGAGGUGGUCACCUUGGGGGCAAGUUUCAGCAUCCACUGUAAUUGUGAAGACUCAGCAUGGGAAGAGUUAAUCCUGUUCCAAAGACGAAUGUCUUUGCGCAAAUGGAAAGUGCUCAGGGGAGAAUGGAAUGGGACCGUAUAUGUCAAAGCCAUUGUCAAAGCCGAACCAUCAGAUGCGGGGAUCUACUGCUGUCAGUGUUGCUUGUUCCUACCAGUCAUUAACAAUGCUAACCAGGUACUAUGCUCAUAUCACAGUGACAACGUUCAAAUCAACAUAACCGAUGCCAGCCUCCCCAAACCCACCAUCAAGAUGCAGCCCAGGAGACAGCUUGCUCUAGGCAUGAAUGCCACCAUUGAAUGUCAAGGGCCAAAUAAUGGUUUGAUCCACUCCCUGCACAAAUCCCAGAACCUGACUGCAACACAAGUGGCAGACAAAUUUACAGCCAAUUUCUUUUUUCCCAUGUUGACGCGGGAGGAUGCAGGAAGCUAUACUUGUAAAUAUCAGCAGAAAGACAAGCCAUUUGUCUGGUCAGAGUCAAGUGACUCUCUGAAGCUGGUUUUGCGAGAUCCAAACCUCCCUAAACCCACCAUUGAAAUGAUGCCCAAGGGACCCCAUGAUCCAGGCAUGAAUGUCACUAUCAAGUGCCAGGGGCCAUACAAGGGCCUGAACUUCUCCCUGUUCAAACCCAAGGACCGGAUAACAUUUCUGAGCACAGAACCAGAGAAAAACACAGCUGAGUUCCAUUUAAGCCGAGUGAGUGUAGACAAUGAAGGGAUUUACACCUGCCAGUAUCAUCACUCAGCAUAUGCCUUUAUCUUGUCAAAGCCAAGUGAUCCUGUAAAGAUCAUUGUGAGAGAUUCAAGACAGAUUUCAGACAGUUUCCAGACAAUCAGGUUCGCAAGCUAUGCUGGGGGCCUUCUCCUUCUGUUGGUUGCCUUAAUAUGGUGCAGUAAUCGAAGAAAAGGCUGCACUGCCAAUGAAAGAACCCAACCACUGCCAGUGAACAAAAGCAACAUGUACAUGGAAGCUGAUGCUGAAGCAGACCCCGAUGGAGUCUCCUAUGGUGCAUUGAACCACCACCCACUGAAAACCAAGCGGACAGACAGUCCUGACAGUGUCUCCAAGUCUAAUGUCUAUAUUUCAGUGGCUUCAAAUGGGAUCAGGAAAAGCAAAUAGGAAGGAUUCUUAGGGAUGUGCUUUCUCAUGGGAUCUUGGCAUACCCUUGAGCUCCACAGACACAUGUCUUAGGACUGGAUCCUGCAAGCAAGCCUCGUUUAUUUUCCCUACAAUCACACACAUAGGAAUUUAGCCACAGUAGAAAGUAUUCAGGUGAGAUGGGUGGCUGAAAGUGCAAUGGCCAGAACUCAGCAAUAUCUGCUGUUAGAAAACUCUUAUUCAUAGACAGUUACUGUUAUAUGUAUUUAACAUAACAUAUAUAAAAUAGCAUGUAGUUAUUAUGGUCAUUAAUCUAUCUAUCUGUCUGUCUGUCUAUCUGUCUAUCUAUCGUGGUUAUUGUGCUCUAUACCUAAAAGAUUUUUACCUUU